CGCAAUCUCUCAUUCUCUCACUGUCCGUGUCGAGGACAACAACUCACUACCUCUGUCUCUAUCGGCCCGUGAUUCUGAAUCACUAAACUACAAAGAAUCAUUUCAUCCUAUGUUCAAAUGACAUGAAUUGAACUUUUCGCUGCUACGCUUAUAAAUGAGGCGAAACUGUAGGCAGCUACACUAGGUGAAAUAUUAUAUAAUAGAUCUAAUGCAUAUGAUAUGACCACAUUCUGACUUAUUAUGAUGAGGAAUAAGAAAAAAUAGCUGCUAUACAGAGGGAUCAUGCUUGGAAAUCUAGUCGUCUUUAGUCUGUUUUUUGUGUGUCUAAUCUGUGGAAUAACUCCUGUAAACUUUAAAUUAAAUUUAUAAUCUUAGUUCUAUUUGCAUUGACUCCACAAAGCCAAAAUGACUUCAUCGUAUAACGAUGAGACCAGGAGUGAUAUAUCAGAAUCUGUGGAAGUCUGCGAAUUCCAGGGACAAUAUGGAGAUCCGGGUGGUUACUACAAAUCCAAAAGCCUGCCCGUUCUUAACGGAGACUGUCCUAACGUUAAUGAGUCCUUGGAACCAAGGCUGGUCAGUACGACGGAGACUUUAGUAAAUACCAACCAGUGCUUAGUGUUCAACAAGCUCCGACAGAAAGGAGACUCGAGUGAACUGGAAUCGCCCACCAAGACAGAUUUCUCCCCUUCCAUGUCCAGUAUGGUGGGUCUUAGUAGCUCCAUGAGAACUGAAGCCAACCGAGCAGGUGGCAAAAAAAUAGGCUUUUCAUUGGCAAGAUUCAUCCGCUUUCCUGCAAGAAAGUACAUGAGGGUGAUUUUUUCAGACUCUAGGUGUUUUCUGUUCUGUAUGUGUUACCUGACGUUUAUCCAGUCGUUGAUGGUCUCAGGCUACCUUAGUAGUGUCAUCACUACAAUAGAGAAGAGAUACAGCCUUAGAAGUUCAGAAUCGGGACUGUUGGUUAGCUGUUUUGACAUUGGAAGUCUUUUGGUGGUGGUCUUCAUCAGUUAUUUCGGGGGUCGAGGCCAGAGGCCACGCUGGUUGGCGGUAGGAGGGGUGUUCAUCGCAGUGGGAGCAGCUCUGUUCUCCCUUCCGCAUUUCAUCUCUCCACCCUAUCAAAUUCAAGAGGUCAAUUCGUCCACGGGGAACGAGGGCCUGUGCUCGAACGGGAAUGGGAGCAGAAAGGAUGUGUCGUCCUGUCCAAGGGACCAAGAGGGCAAUGAUCACUCCAUAUAUGUUGCCCUGUUCAUCUGCGCCCAGGUCCUGGUGGGCAUGGGUUCCACUCCUAUCUACACGCUGGGACCAACGUACCUGGAUGAUAACGUGAAGAAGGAGAACGCUUCCCUCUACCUUGCUAUAAUGUAUGUAAUGGGGGCUCUGGGGCCAGCUGCAGGGUACCUGCUUGGAGGCGUUCUGAUCGGCUUCUACGUAGAUCCCAAAACCAUCAUCAACAUUGAGCAAAGUGAUCCACGCUUUAUUGGCAACUGGUGGAGUGGUUUCCUGCUCUGUGCUUUCGCCAUGCUGUUGGUCAUCUUCCCCAUGUUCACUUUCCCCAAAAAACUUCCCCCUCGACACAAGAAAAAGAAGAAAAAGAUUGGGGCGGACAGCAACUCCAAUGAUGAUGAUGUCCUGAAAGAGAAAUCCAACAGCAAAGGCCAGACUGUGGCAUCCUCCAUGGGCUUUGGGAAGGACAUCAAAGACCUCCCCAAGGCUGCCAUAAAGAUCCUCAGCAACAUGACGUUCCUGUUCGUGAGUCUGUCCUACACAGCUGAGAGCGCCAUCGUCACUGCCUUCAUCACCUUCAUCCCCAAGUUCAUCGAGUCUCAGUUUGGAAUCCCUGCCUCCAGCGCCAGCAUAUACACAGGGGUCAUUAUCGUGCCCAGUGCAGGGGUUGGCAUUGUACUGGGUGGCUACAUCAUAAAGAAACUCAAGCUUGGAGCUCGUGAGUCCGCCAAGCUGGCCAUGAUCUGCAGCGGGGUGUCUCUUUUGUGCUUCUCCACACUCUUCAUCGUGGGCUGUGAGAGCAUAAACCUGGGUGGGAUCAAUAUCCCUUAUACCACAGGGCCGACACUCACUCUGACCCACAGAAACCUGACGGGUGGCUGUAAUGUGAAUUGUGGCUGUCGGAUCAACGAGUACGCUCCUGUUUGUGGCUCAGAUGGCAUCACAUAUUUCAACCCCUGCCUGGCGGGAUGCAGCACUGUUGGCAAUGGCAGCACCGGGAUCAGAAACUACACAGACUGUGCAUGCGUGCAGAGCAGGCAGGUCAUCACACCACCCACCAGCGGCCAAGGCAACCAGCUGCAACUGGUCAUAGUGAAGACCUACCUGAACGAGAAUGGAUUUGCGGUGUCAGGGAAGUGUGAUCGCACCUGCAACACACUCAUCCCCUUCCUCAUCUUCCUCUUCAUCGUUACACUCAUCACAGCUUGCGCACAGCCCUCCGCCAUUAUUGUCACUCUCAGGUCAGUAGAAGAGCAAGAACGACCGUUUGCUUUAGGAAUGCAGUUUGUGUUGCUAAGAACUCUGGCCUACAUUCCCACACCAAUCUACUUUGGUGCGGUGAUUGACACCACCUGCAUGCUGUGGCAGCAGGACUGUGGUGUUCACGGCUCUUGCUGGGAGUAUGAUGUCACUUCCUUCCGCUUCGUGUACUUUGGCCUGGCCGCCAGCCUCAAGUUUGUGGGCUUUGUGUUCAUAUUCCUCACCUGGUACUCAAUUAAAUACAAAGAGGAUCGUCUGGAGCGCUGGCAGCGGCAUCUGCCUCCUCUGGGCACCGUCAGCGAGCUCAUCUGUCACGUGGGGGGUCACAAGAGCCACGCUCGUACCCGCUCCUGCCCCGUUUUCACACCCCGUCCUGAGCCCCCUGACCAGCCCCCGCUCAACCGCGGACACUGCAGCCAGAGCUGCCCCGGAAAUGCCCUCAAAGCAAUAACCCCACCUGCCCGCUCGCUGCAGGAAAUGCACAUUUAAGGAACGUGCGCCCUGACAUCUGCCUUCAUGUGCCUUCCUGUCGGGUGUCCUCCUCCAUGAUAAGACGUAAAGUGCAUAUGCCUGUUUUGCCUCCGCGUGGCUUUCAGGGGCUUGCUGCGCUCCCAGAUCUCAGUGUCACCAGUACAAACUCGCAGCAAAUACAGGUUGUGUAAAAAUCAUGAAGUAUUUGCUGUCAAAGCGAAUGGAAGACAUGUCAUGGUGCUAAAUGAGGAACGGAGAGGACAUUUCUCUGUAUCCAAUCUUGGAUUCCAAGACUAUUAUAUCAAAGACGAAAGUUCCACAAGCACAAAAGGAUAUCAGUACUAUGCAACACCGUACCUUAUUACAGCCUCCAGGCAGAUGCUUUCUACUCUAUUAUCAUUAACAACAGUAUUCCCAACAGCAGAACAUCUCACAUGGUUUUUAUAAACAGGUCUGUGAAGAAUGGUGUUAUCAACUCGCUUCUUGUUAGUUUGGAGGGUUUGGUUAUCGUCUGUGUGAUUUGGGUGGUAUUCAAGGAGCCUCCUCCAGAUGGAUCACAUAGUGCUGUAUGUAAAUGCAGUGCCUCAGAUUGCCCCAUCAGCAGUAAGGUCUGCUGGCUAACAGGCUGAGCACUGAGUGGACUGCUCAAAUGCAUUUGGAGAAGGAUUUCGAAGCCUUGUCUUCUCAUUCUUCAUCUUCAUAAUCAUUCUGUCUGUCCAGUGAUUGACUCUCAAAUGGCCAUAUGUGUUUUGAUGCAUACUGCGGGGUCAGAUGUUUGUUCAGUGGUCUAGUAUCAGGUCUCGAAGAAGUCAGGCUUUGAUUAGAUCAAUUUGAUGGAUUUUUUGGCGAAUCCGUAUUCAAACUGGUUUUGUUUUUUUGUAAGUGUGAACAGCAAAAAAACACAUGAAACCUGAAGUUUAAAAACCCAAUCCAAACCCCAUUCAUAUCAGGUUUGAAAUCUGAUUCAAAUCAGUUUUUUUCUUUCUCAGCAUGAAUGGUAAAAUCAGCUAUAGAAUGACAAACUGCAUUUGUCAAUUUUUCUCACUCUUUCCUUAUAUACACUCUAAAAAAAAUCUU